AUGCCCGAGACGGCGGCGAUUGAGGACACUAUACCGACAGAAACCGAUGGAGUCGACUACCUAGGACGCUUGCCCGAUGAGCUGUGGCGCCUCAUCUUCCUUGCGACACUCCCACCUCGCCGAGGAUUGGCAGGCGACCCGAUUACCUUCUUCAACGGUCUUACCACCUUGGAUAGCCAAGUUCUGGACCAAACACAGAAACAGCGUGCGAACAUGCGAUUGAUCUGCAAAGCACUUCAGUCCAUUGCGCUCGAGCUGCUCUUUACAGAUGUACAACUCAAUAUAGUGUCGAAUUCUCCCGUACUUUUUCUCAAGGCUGUGGAACUCGGCGGAUCUCUGUCGAGACACGCUGGCCUUUUUACCAG